AUGGCCUCCCCAGGUGCCCCAGGGACCCGCAUGACAUCCGCAGUCAACAUCAACAUUUCUACCCCUUUCUUCUACAAUCCACAGAAGAAGUUUGCACCUGUGGUUGCCCCUAAACCCAAGGUGAACCCCUUCAAGGCUGGGGAUGCAUCAGAGUCGUCGCUGCCCCCACCUCCUGGAGCUGGUGCCCAGCGUGCUCAGAUAGGGAAGGUGGGGGAGAUUCCAUCAGCAUCCAUGUCCCUGCUGCCAGAAGACCUGCCGCUGCCGCCUCCUCCACCACCUGGAGAGGAAGCAAGUUUCUCCUCAAACUGUGCUUUUCCCCCACCUCCACCCCCCUUUGAAGAGCCUUUUCCACCAGCCCCAGAAGAGGUUUUCCCUUUGCCGCCACCGCCGCCAAUGUUUGAUGAAGGGCCUGUGAGCAAGGGACCUGCCCCACAGAUAUCUCCAGGAUCCACAGGUUCUCUGGAGAAACCAUCAGCCCCGAAAGCCCGUGUGGAAAUACCAUCUGCAUCCAGAGAUACUCCUCAUUCCUUUCCUUCCAAGUUCACUCCAAAGCCAAGUGGAACCUUAUCUUUCAAACCCCCUGGAGCAGAUUCGACCCCAGCCCCCUGGGCAGCCCCACAGCAACACAAGGAGCCCCCAGCACCAGUCCCUCCACCACUCUCUCUCCCUCCCACUCAGCCUACCCCUGCAUUCACCCCACCUAAGCUGGUUGCUGGCUCUCCUAAGUCUGGGUCCAAAUCAGGUGUCAGUGUGCCCAUGGCUGCCUCUAACCCUGCGAGAUACCCUACCUCCCUUCAGACUCAGUUCACAGCCCCUUCACCUUCAGGUCCCUCCUCUCGGCCACAGCCUCCCAAUUUCACCUAUGCCCAGCAGAGGGAAAGACCCCAGGUGCAGGAGAAGCCACGUCCAACAGAACAACCUGCUGCUGCAAAAGACACGCAUAGACCCGCAGGCUCCAGUGCAGAUCCACCUAGAGGAAAUUCCUGUCUGACUAUGAAGGAGGUAGAAGAGCUGGAGAUGUUGACCCAGAAACUAAUGAAGGAUAUGGAGCAUCCGCCCCCAGUAGAGGCCGCUACUUCUGAGCUCUGUGGCUUCUGCCGGAAGCCUCUGUCACGAACCCAGCCGGCCGUGAGGGCCCUCGACUGCCUCUUCCAUGUGGAAUGCUUCACCUGCUUCAAAUGCGAGAAGCAGCUGCAGGGGCAGCAGUUCUACAAUGUGGAUGAGAAGCCCUUCUGCGAGGACUGCUAUGCUGGGACCUUGGAAAAGUGUAGUGUCUGCAAACAGACCAUCACAGACCGGAUGCUGAAGGCCACUGGUAACUCAUACCAUCCCCAGUGCUUUACCUGCGUGAUGUGCCAUACCCCUCUUGAAGGAGCUGCUUUUAUUGUGGACCAGGCCAACCAGCCUCACUGUGUGGAUGACUACCACAGGAAGUAUGCUCCACGCUGCUCAGUCUGUAGUGAGCCCAUCAUGCCAGAGCCUGGAAAGGAUGAGACAGUGCGUGUUGUGGCAUUGGAGAAGAAUUUCCACAUGAAAUGUUACAAAUGUGAGGACUGUGGGAAGCCCUUGUCCAUUGAAGCAGACGAGAAUGGGUGCUUUCCACUGGAUGGGCACGUGCUGUGUAUUAAAUGUCACACCGUUCGUGCCAAAACAUCACGCUGAGGAGCUUGUAGUGGGCAUUCCCU